CGGAUCAGGGGGCGGGACUUACGCAGGCUGUGCUGAAAUCUCAUUGGACGAGAGGCGCGUUGUUCGACGUGACGCAGCUUGGAAUUCCCAAAGUUCCCAAGUUCACUGGAAGAGAGAAGAGCGUUUACUUAAAAAACAACACGUUUUGAAGGGAAAAACAGCAAACAACUGAGGUGUUUAACAACUUUGGUAAAUAAUCUUCUCUGUGUUUGAUGUGAUAAGAGUCUAGCAGGUGUUUUUAAAGCGUUCCCGAGCAGCUGGGCCCUGUGAGAAGGCGGAAGGAGAGAAAAGCCAGAAAGCUGAGUGUGCACAGUGCUGUGCCCACGUAAAGCCUGAAGAGGGCGAUGUCUGACAACAGCAACAGCACAGGCAGCAGCAGUGGCUCCUCCACCAACAGCUGGACACUCCUCUCCCCAGAGGAAGCUGCUGUUGAGAAUGUCGGGCCGGUGGAUGACGGCACCGAGAGCCUGGGUGACGCCCCGAGUCUCUCUGAGGAUGUGACAGGAGCUGCUGCGAGUGACAUUCCAGUAGAAACUGUCCUGUCUGAAGAAGGCCAUCAGGUGUGUCAAGAGACCUCUCCGGAGUCCAGUGAGGGUCCCAUCCCGUCUAGUCCAACCCGGAUGAGUCCCCUCCCACCCAGCCCUCUUGAUCCUCUUGAUCCUCUUGAUCCUCUUGAUCCUCUAGACCUUGACCUGGAGAGUCAGCCUCCAGUCAUCCAUGACAUUGUAACCAGCUCCCCCAGUGACAACGAGCCCCUGGGAGCCAUACCCUUCGUCACCAACAUUGAUAUGGGGGCUCCGUUUGAUAUUCCUGCUGCUGAUCUCCUGUCAGCCGAACCCGAGGAGUUCUGCUCUGCUCCUCCUCUGACCGAGAUCCCCGUCACUACAGAACAAGCGCUUGAUACGCCCGCUGAUAUCGGGCUGCUUCGCGAGGAGAGUCCUGUCCUCACUGCUGAACCUGAGGUCGACAUCCCCACAGAGACCCUCACAGCCACUGAUCCUCCCUCUCAUGUUGAAGCCGAUAUCGACUUCGUUCCAGAGAGCGCAGAGCCGCCAAGUCAAGUCCCAGAGAGCCUGGUGACAGAAAGCCCCAUCGAUGAGAGUCCUGCACCAGAGACUGUUGGUUCAGUGGAGGCAGAGGAAGAGGAGAAGAUGGAGGAGGAGGAGGAGGAGAUGGAGCCUUCUGAGACAGUAACUCAGUAUGAGAGAGAAGAAGAAGUUCUCCCUCCCGUAGUAGCAUCCAGCAGCUUCGAUAUUGGCAACAUAAGCGGCGUUGGUGACACGAGCGGCUUUGACGAAGGACUGAGGAGGAGGAAUGUCCCGAGGACAUCAGAUGAGGAGGACGAGGAAGAGGAAGUGGAGUUCAGGCUGGCCGAGAAGAAGGCGGAAAAGCCGUGGUUCUCCUUGAACAAAUGCAUUGUGGGUUCUCUGAUCCUGCUCUUCUUAGGUUCCCUCUUCCUCUCAGGUUUCCUCUAUGACCUGGAUAAUGGUGACUUCGACGCCUCUGAACUGAGUGAUGGAGAACAAAGCCAGGACUGGCUUAGCAGUGAUCCACAGGAUAUGAAAGAGCUAUUGGAUAAACUGACACAGGAAAACCAGCAAAUCGCUGAGCUAGAGGCUCAACUACGGUCUCAGAAAGAAGAACUCGACUCAGCACUGACGGCAGUCGCAGUGAGCGGUGAUGAAAAGGGUAGAGCAGAUCUGGAAAAAGAAAACGUGAAGUUGAAGGAAGAGCUGUCAUCUCUGCCUGAGCUGAAGACAGAGCUGGAGAGUCUGAGGUCCAGGGUGACCGAACUCAGCCAGCUCACAGCUGAUCAAGAAAUGCCCCCUGCUACCUCGAGCUCAGCCCCUCAGCCCGGUGACAAAGAUGGUCAGAGCGACCAGAAAGCAGCUGCACCUGAGAAGAGGAAGGACACACAUGAGGGAGGACGUCUGAAGGAAGAACUCCAGAGGCAGAAAGGGCUCCUGGAAGAGAGCAAGAAGAGGCUGCAGGGGAUGAAGAAAGACGGGGGCAACAGGAGACGAGUGAGGGACAAUUUGGAGGAGAUCCAGAAGAAGCUUUCUGAACAAGUGGAGAGGUGGGGGAAGAAGAAGCCGCAGGAAACCAAGUGGAAAGGGAACAAGGGCAAAAAUAGCGACCACUGGAAGAAAGAUGAAAAGAAAGAGUGGAGAGGAGAGAAAGACUGGAAGCACGGCAAGGAGGGAGGAUGGAGAGACAAAGAGGAGAAAAAGGAGAAGGAGUGGAAGUCCCAGAAGCAAAACUCUCACAAAGAGGCCUGGAGGAAACACCAGGACGAUUGGGAGAAGAAGAAGGACGAGCGCAGAGUGGACAGAGAGGAGAGGAGGAAGGAGAAACCGUGGCACAGCGAGCCUGGUAAGAACUCCCACAACCAUCAUCAUCAGCACGAGCAUCAGCACCACCACCACCACCAGCAGCCCCGCCAACCUCACCAGUACAAGCACAGCGACUUCUGGAGAGACCAGGAGCAGAAGCUCAGGCGCAACAUCCGCCCCCAGCUGGGCUGCACCUCCGUGGAGGACUGCGCCGCCAAGGAGGGGCUCUACCCGGUGGAGCUGCCCGAGUUCGAGGAGCUGCUGGAGGGCUACCUGAGCAAGCUCGAAGGCUCCUCACCCGAGAGCAAGGACAAGAUCAGGAAGCUGACCGCCGAGUUCUUCGAGGACGGCGGCUUCAUCCACGACAGGGUUCUUUUCAGCGACUUCGCCGAGGACGUGGCGGACAUCCUGGAGGACAUGGUGGACGUUUUGGAGGACGGCGGGCGCGGGGACGACGACUCCCUGGAGGAGGAGAUGGAGGAGUUUGAACGGGAAGCCCUGUGGAAGUUCGCCGCCACAGUUUAAAUAAACAAAGAUGGAAAUAUGGUUUUAUAGGACAUUUCUUGCCUACAUUCUCCUCUUCUGAGCUGUAAUUGUAGUAGCUUCUGGUACAGAGUGGUCGUGCCUCUCAUAAACGUGUCCCCUCGGAGUCUUUAAUUAUAAGCUAGACUUGUCAUUUUUGGACUUAGUUGUUGUUACCUACCUCUGUCAGGUCAUGCCUCCUAAUGCGAAGUCCUUCAGUAACGUGUUUUGUGGGUUUUCCUCUGCUGUAUAGUGUUUUCUCAAUAUGUAGUGCAUGUUGCAACUCAUCCUGUAAAUUCAAACUGAAAAUAUUUAGAUCACUCAAAGAAAACUGGGCUUUAAGGAGAUGGUAUUUGCAGAAAUAAUUCCGUUGAGCACCAUUAAAUAUAUUCUUACAAUCCAUAUAGUAUUAUAUAAGUUGUCAGCUAAAUACCUCUCUGUCAUGUGACGGUGUGAAGACAGACCUGACGUCACUCCGAGCAGGUUAAGACAAAUGCUGAGACUUUUUUUUUUUUUUUUUGAAGAUACCAUUUGCCUGGAGUCACAGUGUAGCUGUCCAAUCCCAGUGGAUGAGGAUCCUGGUUCUUUCAGUGAUAAGAAUCAGAUCAGGUCAGACCAGUUUUGAGUCAGCAGCUCUUUGGUACAUUUGAGCCAACACACACACACACACACACAAACACACAGAGAGAGCAGUGGUGUUUGAGAGCCCCUGAGCGUUUGGUUUUCUACAUCUGAAGGACUUUUCAUCCUCCGACUAACCAACUGUCAGUUGACAGCAGAUGUGCCGAACAACCAGGAACCGGUUUGGGGAAAAAAAGAAUUAAAAAACAAGCAAUAGGACAAAGUGAUAGCCAUAGUAGCUACAUUUAUGACUGCUAAAACCACUUUAGCACUUUUCAAAAACAUUCACAUUUACAGCAAAGUUUCUCUGUUGUUUUUUUUUUGACCAUUACUUCUCUUUAAUAUUUCUUGUAAUGUAGCCAUGGGGACCUCCAACACAUGAUCUACAUAUACUGGGUAUCCCAGAGAGUCAAAAGUAUAAAGUUAAUGUGCCAGGUUGAUGUUAACUGACAUGCACACACGUGAUAUAGUACAAUUUAUUUAGUGCAAGAAAAUAGCAAAAUGAGGAAGCUGCUGCAUUUUUGUCCCAAUUUUAAGGUGAAUGAGCCAGACAGAAAAGCAAAGCAAGGUACUUUAAGUGUUUCAGAACUGCUUUCCAGCGUUGGCUAGAUGUUUAAGUUCUUUUUUUGCUUUAGGGUUUGAUUCAUAUUCAGUCAAGAAGUUUUCCCCUCUUUAGGUGGAUGUGAAGUUAAAGUCGACACAUUGUGAUUGUUUCUCAUUGUUCAGCGGUUGAAAGAAGCUUUUCAUGUUUAUUUAUUCUGUUAUUCUGUCGGUACACUGCAACUUGUUUCCUUCUUUUUAGCGACACUUUGUCUUAGGCCAUACUUACACAUUGAAUGUGAAAAUGGUUACUUUGCUGUUCAGAAGUUUAGUUUGCCAGCUACUGCUUACGUGCCUUUAUUAUUAGGAAUAUCGUAGAUUGGACAAGAGGUCUUGGAUUUAAUUUGCUUCUGCGAGAUGAAGAAGAAAACAAGUUUACACUGCUUGUCUAGAGGGCAGAGAAUGAAUGUCACAGGGUUUACAUAUGAACAGAGUUGUGUUAAAUGUUCUCUGCUGUUUGCACAGAGGAACUUUUUAUUUUUUAGACCAAAGGGAUCGGAGGAAAGCUUAAUUUCAACAGAUGAAUCAAUAUUUGAGAAGUGUUUUUUGUCUUUGUGGGACAACAGUAGGGCUAAUGUAGGACCUGGCUCAGAUGUGCAUGUAAUUGAUCCCUGGACAAAAUGUAAUUGAAAAAUUUGGAUAAUUUUUUAAUUUUGUUCAUCAUCAGUUAUGUCCUCUUUUAGGAAGUCAGUGUUAAGUUCAAUAAAUUUUUCACCAUUGAAA